AGAGACAAAUCUAGAAAAUAAAAAUGUGCAGUGACAAAUAAAUCUAGUUUAUUUGUCUACAUUUGUCUGUAUUUAUCUUUGCAAGUAAAUUUAAUUGAGCUGUGAUUUAUUCGUGAACAUCCUUGAAAAGUCGAAUAUAGGAUAAUUUAUAUAGGAGCUGCUUCAAGAAAAUAAAAUGGUUAUAGCUCAUAAUAUUAAUGAAGGGCAAAGGACCCAAGAUAUUAAAAUUAAAGAAGAUAUAACAUUUGAAUCAAUUUUAUUAGCGAAUAAUACCUUGACUGGACUCAAAAAGGCUGGUUUCUAUAAACCUUCACCAAUCCAAUUGCAUGGAAUCCCAAUGGGUAAAUGUGGUUUUGAUUUACUUCUUGAAGCCAAAUCUGGAACGGGCAAAACUGCUGUAUUUACUGUGAUAGCAUUGGAGAAACUUGAUCUGCAGAAAGGGGUUCAAGUGAUUAUGUUGGCCCCAACUCGGGAAAUUGCAGCACAAAUAUGUAAUGUCAUAAGAGAAAUAGGAGUUGACUAUUCAGGUCUUGGUGUAGAAGUAGUCAUGGGAGGUUUGCCCCUGCAAGAAGAUGUCCACAAGUUAAAAUCGAAAUUAGUGCAUAUUGUAGUGGGAAGUCCAGGUCGGCUAAAACACUUAAUAAUAGACAAACACUUAAAUGUUUCUGCUGUAAGACUUCUUGUUUUAGAUGAAUGUGAUAAAUUGGUAGAAAAAAGUUUUUUGGCAGACAUUAGUUCAAUCUUUUCCAUUUUGCCAAAAGAGAAACAAGUUAUAAUGAGCAGCGCAACAUAUCCUGAAAAGUGUAAAGCAUUUAUUAGCAAAUUUGUGCACAAUGCUCAACAUAUAUGCCCAGAUUCUAGCACAGUUCUCUUAGGAAUCACACAGAAAGUAACAUUAGUUAAAUACAAUAAUAACAUUGUGAAACAGACACAAAACAGGUUACAGGAACUUCUUAAAAUAUUGACAACAAAUCAAUUCAAGCAAUGCUUAAUAUUUUGCAACUAUCAAGCUAGAAUAACCGAGUUACAUAAAUUUUUAACUAGAGAAAAAUGGCCAGUAGAAAUAUUAUAUGGGCGACAAGAGCAAAGCAACCGAUUAGAUGCAUUAAAAACUUUGCAGGAAUAUAAGUGUAGAAUCUUAGUAUCAACUGAUUUAGCAGCCAGAGGAAUAGAUGCAUCUAACAUCGAUCUUGUUAUUAAUUUCGAACCACCUUACGACUGGCAAACAUAUUUACACAGAAUAGGUAGAGCUGGUCGAUACGGGUCCUUUGGGACAGCAAUAACUAUACUCUGUGAAGGGAAAGAAGUAACAACAUUUAAAGAACUUUUUUACUCUGUUAAUUUAUCAUUAAAUUUGCGAGAUUUAUGGACUAAUAAUGAGUUCAGCAAAGGUAUACAAGAUAGUUUGGAUACCAUGGAUAUGGAUAAAUCCUAUUUUAUCAAUUCAGAAAAGGAUGUCGCACCAAACGCAACAGAUGAAGGCCUUUGGAAUAUAUUGACAAGAAAAACGGAAAAAAGUAUGGAUUCUUUACAAACCUUUGACGAAUUACAGAAAUCUUUUGAAUUAACAUGUUCACCACAUGACAAAAUAGAGAGCUUUACUGAUUUAAUUACCUCUUUUGAACAACCAGGUGGUUUUACUAAAGGAAAUAUUAAAUAUUCACAUGUAAACAUAACACAAUUCUCUAUCAAAGAUUAUAUAUCAUGUUUGCCAAAUGAAGACAAUUUUACUAAAUAUAAUGAAUCAACUAAUGUUGCUAACUCUAAGAAUAACGCAAUAGAACCAGUGCCAAGUGUACCAAGUGAGAUAAGUAAAGAGGAGGUAACUCUGAAUCUCAAUGGUAUCCCGUGCCAACCCAAAGAUAUGGAUGAAAAUUAUCAUUGUGAAUAUGUAUCUAAAGUAGCGAAACCUAAAACAAAUACUUCGUCAUAUAAUGCAGAAAUUUCUUCUGCACAUGAAAAGAAUAUCUAUGAUCAUUCACAAGAUUAUACAAAUGCUUUAUUAGUAGAGGCUGGACUUCCUACAUCAUUUGGUAAAAACCAGAAAAAAAAAUCCAAUAAAAACUCCUUCAAUAAAUGUGGUAUAAAUGUUAUUAAUAAAAAAGAAGAAGUAGCACAUACCAAAAAUUCAGAUCCAAUAGUUGAUAAACUAACUUUCACAUCAAAGUCGAAAUCACAAUAUAAUAGAAAUGAGAUAUCAAAUAGCAGAGCUAAAAAUGACACAUUUUCUAGAAGGUCGUUAAAUAAAUCACAUAGUGAUAGUUAUAAAAAUGACGCUACUUCGUGUGCAAAGCAAAAUAAAAAUAUAGAGUUUGAUCUUUACUACAAGAAUUGGUUCAAUCAGCUCAAAACGCAUAAGAAAUAUAUUGAAUAUGUUGUAUAUAUAGAUGAGAUAUCCAAGUUGUAAAUGGAAGGUAAAAAAUAAAUAAUACAAUAAAUAUGUACAUAA